AUGCAACAACAUCGUCCACAAGUAGUUCUUCCCGGGGACUCAUUACCAGUCUACGAGAAUAAACUUAAACUAGGUCCUGGUCUCAUCCAAGACGAAGACCAGAUAAUAGCAGUGAAAGGUGGUGUACUAAAGCAUCAGCUUGCAGGCAAUAAAUAUUGGAUUGAGAGUAAUCAACGAAGGUAUGUUCCAGCUACAGGCGAUCCCGUCAUUGGUGUGAUAACACAAAAAAGUGGGGAAUUUUUUCGUGUGGAUAUCGGUGCAGCACAUUCGGCUACUUUGUCUCAUUAUGCUUUUGAGAAUGCGACGAAAAGAUAUCGACCAAAUCAUGAUGUAGGCACAUUAUUAUACUGUCGUGUCUCACUAGCUAAUAAAGAUAUGGAACCUGAAUUGGAAUGCGUGAAUCCCGCAAAUGGAAGAGCAGGGGGGUUUGGAGAAUUGAAGGACGGUCAAUUGGUUAAAUGCUCUUUAGGGCUAGCACGAAGACUACUCGAAACAGAAACCCCAAUUCUAAAACACUUGGCCGAGAAUUUCACUUUCGAAACAGCAAUUGGCCUGAAUGGUCGUAUUUGGAUAAAAGCUGAUACUAUAAAAAAUACCAUCAGAAUUAUAAACGCUAUCAAGGACUCUGAGAAGUAUCCGGAGUCACAGUCGCGUCGGGUAGUUUCUAAUCAUUUAAUUCUUAGUUUGCCUAUUAUGAUUACGUGGAUAAGAUAUAGUGAUCAAGAUAAGAUAUCCGAUGAUUAG